AUGAAGUUUCAAACUCUAUCGGGCCUUGCGGCUUUGGCCACCGGCUUCCAGCUUGCUGCUGCCACCGGAUGGUCAGAUAAGUCUAGCUUUUCUUGCCCUUCAAACACCAACAAUGAGUGCUCUUCAACUCAAAAGAGUGGAUGGGAUUUCGGCGACCUUACAUCUGGAAGCUUCAGCUUCUAUGAUGAUUUCUCCUUCAGUGGAUUCACAUGCUCAAACUCUUUCGGCAAACGUGAUAACCCCAAGUUCCCAAGAACCUCAAGAGGAAAAUGCAUUUCUGGUACAGCUUCCUCAAACCAUGGAUCCUGCCCUCAAUUCUCCUGUGGUGGCUCCUCCAAAUCCGGUGGAUCAUCAAGCUCUGGAUACUCCGGCAGUAUUUCCGCCUUCUCCAUCUCUACAGUUCACGUUACUACUGAGUUCGACUGUGAUUUGGAAUUCCACUAUGGUAUGGGCGAUGGAUCUACUUGCAAACAGGUCUCUCCUUGCUCAAGUCGAGGUUCCAUCAUCUCCAACACUCAAUGUGGUGGUGCUAAGAACGUCACCGUUGUCUACUCUUCUGCAAGUCAAACCCACACUGCCGCUACAGGAAAAGCAUCUUGCAGUGUUGGUAUUAGCUCGGUAGGAUUCGACUGCAGUUCGGCAUCUACUACUCAACACCCAUCUACCACCUACGUCAAGACCACUUCUGUCAAGACCACUUCCAGCGAAUCCUCCAAGCACACUUCUUUUGAAUCUUCAUCCAAGACUACUUUGGUUGCCUCUUCCGCCAAAAUCACUCCAGUUAAGAGCAUUGCUUCCCCAACAGGUACUUCAUACACACUUGUCGGAACUGGUUCAACCAAAUCUUCCAUUAUCGGAACCGGAGUCAAGCCAAGCUCAAGUGUCGAGACUAGCAUCCAGACUACAAUCAAGCCAAGCUCCAGUGCUGCCACCAGCAUCAUUGGUACCUCUGUUCAUUCUUCCCCAGCCGGUUCUGCCUCAGGAAACUCUUCUGUUAUUCAAUUGACCACUUCUACCAUUUACGCUACCUCUGUUUCUACCAUCAUUUCCUGCGCUGCUUCUAUUACCGACUGUCCAGCUAGAUCGACUGCUUUGACUACUGUCAUUAUCCCAGUUUCUACUACCAUUUGCCCAGUCACUGCCACGGAAAUUCCAGGUUCAUCUGCUCCAGCUUCAUCUGUUCCAGGUCCAAGUGCUCCAGGUUCAUCUGCUCCGGCCUCAUCGGCUCCAGCUUCUAGCGCUCCAGGUUCAUCUGCUCCGGCCUCAUCGGCUCCAGCUUCUAGCGCUCCAGGUUCAUCUGCUCCGGCCUCAUCGGCUCCAGCUUCUAGCGCUCCAGGUUCAUCUGCUCCAGCCUCAAGCGCCCCGGGAUCAUCUGCCAGCUCCAUCAUCGGUACAUCAGUUACUGCUCCACAUUCAUCUGCCCCAGCUUCAAGUGCUCCAGGUUCAUCUGCCUCAGCUUCAAGCGCUCCAGGUUCAUCCGCCCCAGGUUCGUCCGCUCCAGCUUCAAGUGCUCCUGGAUCAUCUGCCAGCUCCAUUAUUGGUACUUCAGUUACUGCUCCACAUUCAUCUGGUUCCGCCGCUCCUUCUGCUCCAUGUGUAUCUUCAGGUGCUCUUCUUUCUGGCCAAACUGCUUGCCCAGUCUCCUCCGGAUCUAGUCCAUCUUCCUCGAAGGUCUCUUCUAUCAUCGGUACAUCCGUCGGAAGUGCCCCAAUUUCAUCCCAUGCCACUACCAGCAUAACUAGCCUCGCUACAACUGCUUACACUACCGUCGUUAUUCACGAAUCAACCACUAUUUGCCCAGUUACCUUGACUCAUACUACUGGAGGUGUAACAAGCUUUGAGACUACUUCAACGACUUCUACUGUCCGUUCUUCGUCUACGGUUGUUACUUCAAGUGUUAUUACCAGUAUCAUUGUCCCAACUAGUGCUCCAGCCUCAAGCGCUCCAGGUUCAAUUGUUCCCGCUUCCAGCGCUCCAGGCUCAAGUGCCCCAGCUUCGAGUGCCCCAGGCUCAAGCGCUCCAGGUUCAAUUGUUCCCGCUUCCAGCGCUCCAGGCUCAAGUGCCCCAGCUUCGAGUGCUCCAGCCUCAAGCGCCCCAGGUAUCACAUCUAUUCCAGCUGCUACUGCCAGCGGCGCUGCUUCUUCAUCAGCUCAGGGUAUCACUUCCAUCCCAAUUCCAACUGCCACUAGCGUUCAAACUACUGCCAUCACCACAGUUGUUAUCCAAACAUCUACUACUGUCUGCCCAGUCACUUUGACCCACACUACCGGAGGUGUCACCAGCUUUGAGACCACCUCAAGUCUCUCAACUGUUUACUCUUCCUCUACUAUCGUUUCCUCAACCGUCAUCACUGUCACUGCUCCAGCCAGCUCAGUUCAAGGUCUUACUACCACAUCUAGUGCAGUCACCCCAACCGAAACUGCUCCAUGUCCAGAUGUCUUACCUCAAUGCUUGAACACCUGGAUGUACUUGGUUGGUUGCGAGUCCAACACUGAUUCAAACUGCUACUGCCCAGACUCUUCAUUCAUUUCCAACGUCUUUGGAUGUGUUUCCGCAUAUGGUGUUUCCGCAUCCGACAUUGAUGCCGCUCAGAAAUACCUCCAAGGUAUUUGUGCUGCUCACGUCUCUACCAACCCAGCUAUCGUUACCGCUGCUUCAACUGUCUACGUUCCAGCUCCUUCAAGCGGUGCUGCUGCUACUACAUCCGCUCAAGGUGUUGCUUCCACCCCAGUUACGACCGUCACUCUCAGCACUACUUUGAUCGUUCCAUGCACUGAGUCCACUGGUUCACUCUCUGGAUCCGUCAUCCCAUCCUCAUCAACCACUACCGUCAUCGCCACCGCAAUUACAGUCCCACAAGUUGUUUUCUCUACUGCCCCAGCUGUUGGAUCCGCAACCCCUAGCGUAGCCCUUAUCCCGGGUACCACUGCUGCUUCCCAAGCUGCUGGUUACUCGACCUCAUUCCCAUCCAGCACUAGCCAAACCGUAUCUGGUGUCGCAGGAGCAACCAACGUUCCACCUGCCGCCAGCGCCCAGCCAAUUACAUUCAACGGUAGCGCAAUCAAGACCACCAGUGGAUUCGGUGGACUCUUUGCCGCAGCUCUCUUUGCCAUCUUCGCUCUUUAA